AGCUACAGCUAGCACGUUUGGUGAAUGUAAUGACGCGGUGCUAGCUAAUUGCUAACAAUCUGGAUUUAAGAAGAACAGACUGAAAAGAUAACAUCGUUUUUGGGAUGCUGAUCGGCCGUGAGUCGUAACAACCCAUGUUUCGAGUAAAUACCUGCCGGCCCGUCAGCAUGUUGACCGGGCUUAAAGUUAUUGGAUGAUUCUCCUGAAUUAGUAGCUAAAGGGCCUUAAGUCCGCGGUACUUGGGUGAACGGCAGCCGGGGAUCAACGUGGUCUGAGAGGGACCAUCAAGCCACAGGCUAGCUGGUAAUAUUCACUGCACCAGAACCUCUCCUGAACAUGUCACACACCGGACCCCCUCCUCGAUGGCGGAAUUGUCCCAGAAGAGGACAACCUGUGGCAGGUAAAUUCCUGCCAAUGAAAACGAUGUUGGGUCCCAGGUAUGAUGACCAAGUUGCAGAAGAGAACAGGUUUCACCCAAGCAUGCUGUCCAACUAUUUAAAAAGUCUUAAAGUGAAAAUGUGUUUGCUUGUGGAUUUGACGAACACUACUCGCUUUUAUGACCGCAGCGAAAUUGAAAAAGACGGCGUAAAAUACAUGAAACUUUCGUGUAAAGGCCAUGGAGAAUGCCCUUCAAAAGAGACGACCACAAUGUUCAUCGGGCUCUGUGAACAAUUCAUUGAGAAGAAUCCCACAGACUUGAUAGGUGUUCACUGCACGCAUGGCUUCAACCGGACAGGCUUUCUGAUAUGUGCAUACCUGGUGGAGAAGAUGGACUGGAGCGUCGAGGCAGCUGUGGCUGCUUUCAGCCAGGCCAGGGCCCCCGGGAUCUACAAGGGAGACUACCUCAAAGAGCUUUUCCAUCGCUAUGGUGACGAGGAGGACACACCCCCAGCCCCUGCACUCCCCGAGUGGUGCUUCGAUGAUGACGACGGGGAAGUGGACGAUGACGGCAACGCUGUCGGCCAGGAAUCGGGCCCCAGCUCGUCUGGGUCAGCGCCCGGCAAACGAAAGAAAGAGAAGCUAAAACUGGGUGCAGUAUUCCUUGAAGGCAUCACAGUGAAAGGCGUCACACAGGUCACCACACAACCCAAACUAGGAGAUAUCCAAAGAAAGUGUCAGGAGAUGGCUGAGUGGGACAAGUCUGGUUUUCCUGGUGCUCAGCCUGUGUCCAUGGACAGGCAAAACCUUCGGUUCCUGGAACAGAAUCCAUACAAAGUCAGCUGGAAAGCCGAUGGCACACGGUACAUGAUGUUGAUCAACGGAAAAAAUGAAGUGUUCAUGAUCGACAGAGACAACACCAUCUUCCACAUAGCGAACCUAGAGUUUCCUUUCCGGAAGGAUCCACGUGUUCACUUAUCAAAUACUCUAUUGGAUGGGGAGAUGAUCAUCGACAAGGUGAAUGGUCACCCCGUCCCCCGCUAUUUGAUAUACGACAUCAUCAAAUUCAACGGACAGCCUGUUGGUCAGUGUGAUUUCAAUAUUCGGCUGUUAUGCAUAGAAAAGGAGAUAAUUUCUCCCCGGAUGGAAAAGAUGAAGACUGGACAGAUUGACAAAACCAAGGAGCCUUUCAGUGUCCGAAAUAAGCCCUUCUUUGAGAUUCAUGCAUCACGCAAGCUACUGGAAGGCAGCUUCACGUCCCAGGUCAGCCACGAAGUCGAUGGGCUUAUCUUCCAGCCAUGUGGGAGAUACAAGCCCGGGAGGUGUGAUGAGAUCCUCAAGUGGAAGCCCCCUAAUCUCAACUCUGUGGACUUUCGCCUCAAGAUCACCAAAGUCGGAGGAGAAGGGCUGCUUCCACAGACUGUCGGCUUGCUGUACGUCGGCAACUAUGACAGGCCCUUUGCAAAGAUGAAGGCCACUAAAGAGCUGAAACAGUACGACAACAAGAUCAUCGAGUGCACCUUCGCCAAUAACAGCUGGGUGUUCAUGAGGCAGAGGGUGGACAAGAGCUUCCCCAACUCCUACGACACAGCGAUGGCUGUGUGCAAAAGCAUCCAGGAGCCCGUCACAAAGGAAAUCCUCUUGGAGUAUGUGGACCGCUGUGCUCAGGCAGUCCAGAACCGGAAACACCCACCAGACCCAGACUCUGAGCUAAUGCCCCCUCCCCCUCCAAAGAGACCCAACCGGGCCAUCCCGUAGCCCAAAGUUGGGCUUUCCGAACUGCCCUACAGUCAGUGUACAUCUACAUCACCAGCCACAUGAUCCCCCCCCCCACCACCACCUUCCAUACAGAACAACAGGCUUUCUUACCCUCUGCACAUUUGCUUUAUCAGCCUGUACAUGUAAGGACUUCAGAAAAACUUAAAUUGACUGCCUCAACAUCAUUAAUUUACCUUGUAGACUUUGUAGCUUAAAUUGCUGGUGUUCUUAUUAAAAUGAAUGACAUGAUGUUUAGUUUAUUUUUUUUGUUUUCCUAUUUAUCUUUUUUAAAGUCUGAGCUAAUUGGUAUUUAUUAACAGGGACAUUGUUUUGGCUACGAUUAACACCUGACAGUGACGACCUUGUUUAUGUUUUGUCAGCUAAUUCCUUAUUUGUAUGGAAGGAAGAGUAAACAUCAUCAAAGCUCAGUCUGCCGUCUGAAUGCAUUUAAAUCAGGACACAACACUUACUUUGCUGCAUCAGAGAUCUCGUUUAGAUUAACUCAAAGCAGCAUAGGUUUUGGGUUUCGAGUAAACAGAAUAAUGUUACUGCCAGUGUUCAACCCAAAAUAAGGGGUUUCCAAAUGAGUCACCAAACAGAUAAAGAUUAGAUCUCAGCUGUCUGUUUUAUAAGAUUUUGUCCAAAGGAAGCCCAUCUGUGUGGACGUUUGUUUUAAAGGCCACAUGGGUGGGCGGGGAGAUGACAACAUGAUUACACAGUCUCAACAAACUUGACUACAAAGGAGUAAAAGAGAAAACAAUGUGCUACAGAUGGGUGACAAAUCAGCAUAAACCAACAUAAAAUCUCUUAGGAAGGUGAACAGCUUUAUUGCUCUUUGAGUUUCUGAAGUCUACAGGAAGGAUGAACACCAUUCUUCCAAAAGAAAUUUCCUAAAUUGUUAGCGCUGUCUAACAAGUCUGACAAAAAGCUGUUAAAUUGGUUUGAGAGCUGGUGAGGGAAGGCUUAUAAGCUUUACAUAUUGAUUGAACCAUCCAAUUAACCUGUGGAUGGACGAUUUACAUCCUGGAAGUUUCAUCAUAGGAUUAAGUCACUCAAUCUUUUCCCUGUGCCAUUUUUAUCCUGCUUAGUAUGUUUAUAUACAGUGAAUGAUAUGCAGUUCAGAAUGAACUGCCAUUUUAUUUUACUUCAUUCAUUGGGUAUUUUGUCUUGUUUUUCCCCAAAUCAGUCGGUAGUGAGGAAUGUGUCUGUCCUGCUGAAAGUCACUUUCAGUCAGCACAGAAGCCACAGUAACAGUUUCUAGUUUCUCACUUCGAUGAAACAAAUGUGUAAAUUUAAUAUGAGUUGUUGCCGUUUAUGGGCUUGAAAACAACUUUCAUCACAACUACAUUCAUCCACACUGGUCGCCAAAUUGUAAUAUCCUCAGCAUCUUCCAGCCAUCUAUGGCUCCAUAUUUUUUGUUAAUUGCAGAAUUGCAACAAGUAGCACGGCCUUUCUCACUUUCGUCAACAUUGUGGAGUACAUGGUAAUCGUUUGAAUAAACAAAGGAUAAACUGGGUUGUUUGUACAAUAACCCUGUCAAAAUUCCCAACCAAUAGAAAGUCAGGUGUAGUGUUGUGACCGAUGAAAUGAUCACUGCCUCGUUAGAUGCCCCUUACGGGCAAUUAGUCUUAGUACUCUCCCACUCCCACUCCUGACUCAUGAAGAUGAUGUCCUUUUUGUUCCUUAAAAGGUCUUAAAUGCAUUAAAUUAGUUCAUCUAAAAAUAAGGCUUUAAUUGGUAUUAAAAUGUCUUCCUUCUCUCGUUCAUGUAAGGGGGACCCGGGGUGUAUGUAUGUAGAAAUGGCUCAUUCUAAGGUAAUAAAAACAUAACGGUUCAUUA